UUAUUUUGCCACAAGGAUAACAUAAGUAUAACAUUACGGUGCAAAUAAUAUAAGUUUCUAAAUACAAUGUAGAAAUAUAUUUAAAAUAGACAAAUAUACAAAAUAAAACAAAACAUACCCUCACAAUAAUAAUAAUAAUAAUAAUAAUAAUAAUGAUAAUAAUAAGGAUAAUAACUGAGAAGGGACAGUCAAUGAGAGGUUUGAGGCACCCUAAAACCUUGACCACCUUCCCAUUCUAUCUUCCAACUUCAAUUCUCAGACGAAACUGGAGAGGUAGUCCUUUCACCAACACCAAAUUCACCCCUUCUCACCCACCUUUUCUAAAAUUUAGGAAAGAGUAUUACAUCUCUCAACAAAGACGUACAUUAAAAGAAAUGGAUUAGAAUUAUAAAAAUGUCCAUUAAACAUGACGGGUAAUAGUACAUAUGCUUUGCAACAGUUGCUGCAUGUUGGUUGCGUCUGCUGUUAGUUGCUGCUACCGAAUGGUAGCGAUUCUUUCGACAUUCACUGAGAGAAGUAUUGCUAAUCUUUAUCGAACAGCUUAGGAACUUGUAGAUCAAUGCCUAGCCUAAAAAAAAAGGUGUGGGGGAAAAUUGGACGUUUUAAUCUUUCGUUGUCUGUUUCUGUUGCGUUUUACCUUGCGCAGUAAACAGAAAUUGAAAGAAAAUAUGAUCAACUGCCAUAAGUGAAGGUGGCGUUAGCGUUAGUAGUGUGUUUGCGUUGUGUCACGCCUUUCAGGAGUGAGAGCGCUGUUGUGUUGUGUUGUUUUUCCCUCUCGUAUGUGUGUCGCAUGUGUAUCUCUGUGUAUGUGUGUGUAAGAGUGCUUGUGAGAGAACAAGAUGGCUUCAGACGUGGAAAAAGCGAACAGUGUGUUCGUUUCGGUUGCUCCCACUAGUAGUAGCACUGAAACAACUGUUCUAAGUCCAUCUAGCGACGCCUCUACAUCAAAAAGCUCAGAAGUUACGACAGUAACAAGCAGUAACAGUUUUACAAACAGCAUAGCUUCCAGCAGCACCACCACCACUAACAACACCGCCACGACUACCACCAAGUCUGGCCUUCGGAUGAAGGAAGGCGAGGCAGACGAAGACGACGACCACAACAACAUGUCCAACGAACGUAAAGGUUGGCUUAUGAAGAGAAGCCGAUUGUCACAUAAAUGGAAGAGAAAGUGGUUUCUAUUAAAAAAUGCCGAUCUCUUCUACGGUAAUGAUCCACAGAGCACAUCCAAAAGAAUUUCUCUGGUUAAUGCUGAAAUUUCUGAAAGCCACAUGGACAAAAAAAGUUAUGCUUUCCGAAUUAAACCGAGAAAUCAUCGCCGUGCCUUUUAUAUACAUGCUGAAAAUGAAUUAGAGCAGAACAAUUGGAUGCAAGCAAUCUGCUUUGCCAAGGCAGCCGGUCGACUUGGUGACAACUCUCAGGCAUGUGUUCUCCAAUGAUAAUGGCCUCUGUGUUUAUCUAGUUACUAUAAGGGAGGGUGGGGUGACAGAACAGACAGAAAGGUUCACAGUGGUACAAAGCAGUACACAUAUGUGACUAAGGUACUAAAAACAGUACCUCCGAAAUCAUCACCAUCAUCAUCAUCACCAUCAUCAUCAUAAACAUAUAGAAUAUUCCAAUGAUGAAAAGAAAAUGAACAUAUACAAUGUCAUAAUUCUGGAAAAAUCGAAAAUUUUGCAGAGGACAGAAUCCCUUUUCAAACUGACCAAGCAAUAAGGCAGCUUUAAGAUAGCUCUCAAAAUCAUGAAUUCAAAAUCGAUUUUGUUAAACUGGAAAAACAAAAAAAAAAGUUUUUAUUUUCAAAAGUUUUCUUUCAUUUAAAAAAAAGUUUCUUGUUUUCGAUACUUUUUAUUUUAUUAUUUUUUCAAAUCAGUUUUUUCCCCCUUUCUUUUAAAAUAGUGUUUAAAAUUUUAUUUAUCUUUUACUGCUCUUUUUUUUUUCAAAAUUUAUAUUUGUUUUUAUAUUUGUCCUGUUUAUAUUUUUUUAAAAAGGCUUAUGUUAAUUCCAGCCAUUUUUAAAUGUAUACAUUUCUUUAAUUUAUUCAACAAUGUAUGUAUGUGUGUAAUAUAUGUAAAAACACUCAAUCAUAAAUUCACACUUGUGUUUUCAAGUGUUCAGUUGCUAGAGAAUGGGUGUGUUGUGUAUACAUAGUUCAUAUGUACAUAUAUGUAUACACCUUAAGUAUGGUUGUGUGUGUGGUUGGCUAUGGAUACAUGUGGACACACUCAGCUAUUCUGCUCAUCUCUGUGACCCUAUUAUACAUGUUAAUUUCAACUUAUUUAUUUUAAAAGGCGCUGAAACAGCUAAAGUGAGGAGCAAAUGCACCUCGGACUGAUCUAAAACCUGAUACAUAAUACUGUUUAUAAGAUUACCUUUUCUAUGUUCUUUUCCCCUUUAUUUAUUCAUUUUUCUUUUUCCUUCUCUUUUUUCUUUUUUGCCAAAUUGAUUUUCUUCUCUUUAUUUUUUUGUUGCCAAAUUGAUCAUCCGGUAGUUUCUGUUUUGUUGUUUACUCCAUGUGAUUAUUUUCCCUUUGUUUUUUUUUUUCAUGGCUUUUUUACAACACCAAAUUGUUGUAUUGGUGAUGUAGUGAAAAAAAUUAAUAACAUAGAAUCCUGUCAGUUACCUGUAGAACCAUAAUAAUGGCCCUCUACACUAAUUUAUUCGUAAUAUACACAGUAGCAACAACAAAUGUUAGUUAUUUAAUACCAAGUAUACACACUUCCACUUACUUAUUUCAUCAUGCAAAUUUAAAAGUAUUAAAGUUGUGUGGAGGAAGGACAAUUGAGGGGUUUUUUUAAUAUUUUUUUUCUUCAUCGCUUAACUCCAAUUUGACUUUUCCUACAUGAAAUGGAAUGAACCUUCUUUGGCAAGAUACAGCUAGAAUAAAUUAUUAAAUGAAAAAUACAAGAGUAAAUCAGAAUAAAAGAAGUUUUUCAAGGAACUCA